AUGUCCGCCUUCUGCCUGGGCUUGGCCGGCCGCGCUUCAGCACCCGCCGAGCCGGACAGCGCCUGCUGCAUGGAGCUGCCCGCCGCGGCCGCGGACGCAGUCGGGAAUCCAGCCGCCGCCACCGCCGCUGCCCUCAUCUCCUUCCCCGGGGGCCCCGGGGAGUUGGAACUGGCGUUAGAGGAGGAGCUGGCGCUGCUGGCGGCUGGGGAACGGCCGUCCGAGCCCGGGGAGCAUCCUCAGGCCGAGCCCGGGCCUCCAGCCGAGGCGGCCGGACUGCAGCCACCGCCCGCCCAGGAUCCCGAGCUGCUGUCAGUGAUCCGGCAGAAGGAGAAGGAUCUGGUCUUGGCGGCCCGACUGGGCAAGGCAUUGCUCGAGAGAAAUCAGGACAUGAGCCGGCAGUACGAACAGAUGCACAAGGAACUAACAGAUAAGCUGGAGCACUUAGAACAAGAGAAACACGAACUAAGAAGACGAUUUGAGAACCGAGAAGGCGAGUGGGAAGGGCGUGUGUCUGAGCUGGAGAGUGAUGUGAAGCAGCUUCAGGAUGAGUUGGAGAGGCAGCAGGUUCAUCUACGGGAAGCAGAUCGAGAGAAAACACGGGCUGUCCAGGAGUUAUCAGAACAGAACCAAAGGUUAUUGGACCAACUCAGCAGGGCAUCAGAAGUUGAGAGACAACUCUCCAUGCAAGUACACGCCCUCAGAGAAGACUUUCGGGAGAAAAACUCGUCAACCAACCAGCACAUCAUCCGGCUGGAAAGCCUUCAGGCUGAGAUCAAGAUGCUGUCGGAUCGGAAGCGGGAGCUGGAGCACCGUCUCAGCGCCACCUUGGAGGAGAACGACCUGCUCCAGGGGACAGUGGAGGAGCUGCAGGACCGGGUGUUGAUCCUGGAGAGGCAGGGCCACGACAAGGACCUCCAGCUGCACCAGAGUCAGCUGGAGCUGCAGGAGGUGCGGCUCUCCUACCGGCAGCUGCAGGUGAAGGUGGAGGAGCUGACCGAGGAGAGGAGCCUGCAGAGCUCUGCCGCCACCAGCGCGUCCCUCCUGUCCGAGAUAGAGCAGAGCAUGGAGGCCGAGGAGCUGGAGCAGGAGAGAGAGCAGUUGAGACUGCAGCUCUGGGAAGCUUACUGCCAGGUCCGCUAUCUGUGCUCGCACCUGCGGGGAAACGACAGCGCUGACUCUGCCGUCUCCACGGACUCCUCAAUGGACGAGUCUUCAGAGACGUCGUCGGCCAAGGACGUGCCAGCCGGCAGCUUGCGCACUGCCCUGAAUGAGCUCAAGAGACUGAUCCAGAGCAUCGUGGACGGCAUGGAGCCCUCGAGCUCCCGGAGAAUUGACGAUGACUCCUUAGAAGAACAGAUAAGGCAGACCAGUGAGGAUUCGAGAGCCCUGAGGGAACUCAUGGAGGGAGAGAGGGGUAAACUGAGGCAAAGCCUGGAAGAGCUGCAGCGGCUCCACAGUCAGGUGACACUGCUGAGCGUGGAGAUGACUGCCCUGAAGGAGGAGAGAGACCGACUCAGAGUGACGUCUGAGGACGAGGAACCAAAGGAGCAGCUUCAGAAGGCCAUCAGGGACCGGGACGAGGCCAUCGCGAAGAAGAACGCUGUGGAGCUGGAACUCGCCAAGUGCAAGAUGGACAUGAUGUCUCUCAACAGCCAGCUGCUGGAUGCCAUUCAGCAGAAACUGAACCUCUCGCAGCAGCUUGAGGCUUGGCAGGAUGACAUGCACAGGGUCAUUGACAGGCAGCUGAUGGACACGCACCUGAAGGAACGGAGCCGGCCUGCUGCCGCACCCUCCCGGGCCCCAGGCCUGGGGCGUGGGGACGAGCCCAGCACCGCCGAAGGCAAACGGCUCUUCUCGUUCUUCAGGAAGAUUUAA